GUUGCGCGCGCAUCGACGCAUUGCGGACUGCAAAUUCGAGUAAAAAGGCGGCGACGUGCGAGUUGUGAACGUAUUCGUGGGCUUACGCGAGAAGAGACGCAAUGGCUGACCAAUUGACUGAAGAACAAAUCGCAGAAUUCAAGGAAGCUUUCUCGCUGUUUGACAAGGAUGGCGACGGCACAAUUACGACGAAAGAGCUGGGCACUGUGAUGCGCUCUCUCGGGCAAAACCCGACUGAAGCUGAACUGCAGGACAUGAUCAAUGAAGUGGACGCAGAUGGCAAUGGAACGAUUGAUUUUCCCGAGUUCCUCACUAUGAUGGCGAGAAAGAUGAAGGAGGCUGACUCUGAGGAAGAGAUCCGGGAAGCUUUCCGAGUGUUUGACAAGGACGGUAAUGGAUUUAUUAGCGCAGCUGAGCUGAGGCACGUGAUGACGAACCUAGGAGAGAAGCUGACAGAUGAGGAAGUCGAUGAAAUGAUAAGGGAGGCUGACAUAGACGGUGAUGGUCAAGUCAACUAUGAUGAAUUUGUGAAGAUGAUGACGGCGAACUGUAGGGAUCUUGAAAUUAUGACUACUUACAAUCUCUUACCCAAACGAGCCGGUCUGAGUAAAAAAGACAUCGAAGAGGCGUUCAAACUGUUCGACAAGGAUGGAAAUGGUUCGAUUUCUCGGAAAGAGCUCGGUGCGGUAAUGAAAAGUUUAGGUUUGAAGCCAACGGAAGAUGAAAUGAAGGCCAUGAUCGAGUCUGCCGACACCAACGCGAAUGAAAGCCUCGACCUUGACGAAUUUCUACAGUUGAUGUCGGAGGCCACCAGGCCAGACAAAGAGCUAAGAGAAGCGUUCAAGGAGUUUGACAAAGACGGAAACGGCGUCAUUACCCCGGACGAGCUUCGUAGUGUCAUGAAGAGUAUGGGCGAGAAGCUGACCGACAGCGAGCUAGACGAAAUGAUCAAGAAGGCAGACAAGAGUGGAGACGGAAAGGUCGACUACGAAGAGUUUGUCAAGUUGAUGACCGGGCAACAUGGUAAUUAUUACACACUCUACGUGAUGCGUUUGCUUCUAAUCCACACUUUACGUGAUGCGUCUGACCUUUCCCUUUUGCUCUCCUUUUUGAUAUCAAGGCUCAGAGAAGCGUCUGUCCGAACAAUGGACUCCUCUCUGGGUACGCUACAGGGACAUUUGACUGAAAAACAAAUUGCUGAUUGCAAAGAGGCUUUCAACUUGAUUGACGAGGACGGCAGUGGAUCGAUUUCGCUUAGAAACUUGAAGGGUCUUUUCUGCGCUUUGGGACAGAAAACAAGCGACCGAGAGCUGCAAAAGUUGAUGGAAAGUGUUGACACUGACGGAUCUGGACAGAUAGAGUUUUCUGAGUUCUUGACAAUGAUGGCUAUGAAGGGGAGCAGUUCGCAGGAGGACGAGGAACUGCAAAAGGCAUUUAAAGAAUUUGAUAAAAAUGGCGACGGUUUCAUAUCUCGUGAAGAGUUGAAGGAAGUGAUGCAUAGUGUAGGCGACAUGCUGACUGACGACGAGUUAGAUCAAAUGAUCAAGUCAGCUGAUAUGGACAGAGAUGGCCAAGUAGAUUAUAGAGAGUUUGCUCGAAUGAUGAAGCAGUCGUGAGUGUAAUUGUACUUUCUAUGGACUACAUGUCGUGUGUAUUUCAGCUGACACGUUUUCAGUAUUUUACAUCUUCUUGCUUUGACAAUUAUUGAAUUUGAUCAUUUGCAUUUAGGAAUUAUUGUUAAGCUAGUUGACUUAAUGAUACUGUAAAAUUCUUGCCACUGUGUGGUUAAACUUUUAGUUCACUGA